CUGACAGCUGAGUGUCAAAGGUGAAAACAUAAACACAAAAUGGCUGACGGGAGGAAAGAAACUCAUAUAAAGUAGAGCGUGAAAUGAGUGUAGUAGACGAGUUUGUUCCGCGGAAAGUUUUCAGACGAAGAAAAUUGUAAUAAUGCUCUGUUGAAGGGGAUAGACAGUUAGUUGUGUUCGUGCGUUGCUGGUACAAUCUUGUUCAUCUUGUAGUUGUUAUCCAGAUAUCCAUGAAUAAUGAGCAAGUUUGCUGAUUACUUUGUUAUUUGCGGGCUGGAUUUUAAUUCUGGCUUAGAACCAGACAGACUCUCAGGUGAUAAUUUACAUUGCUCCCCAUUGGAGCGUCCAUACAAAACAAAAGCUCUUGCACAUUAUCCGGACAAUGUUCCAAGCAAUCCAUUUGAUGGAUCCGCUGUGUCUAUGCUUUGUCUGCCCAGUGGACUCAGGUUUCGAACGCAAAAACAUUCUGUUACUCAAGCACCGAAUUUUCAUUCGUUCGUGAUAACUCGAGAGGAUGGCAAAAGAUGUUACGGAUUCAGCCUCGUGUUCUACGAGGAGGUGCGCAAUCGGGACAUCUGCAGCGCCAUGCAGACUCUCCAAGCUAUGUAUGUUACUGAGCUAUCAAGUGGUUUGAAAGUGCGCCAAGUGCAACAGACGCAAUCACAAGGACCUCAGAGCCGCUCUUUGCCUAGACACUUCAAAAUCAGCACGCCUAACCCAUCCGGUGGUGUCUCGCUAACAUACUACGAUAUUUCCAAAGAUAAACUCUUUGUUUCGAAGAGCAUAGCCAUAAUAUGCCAAGUGCCGAACGUACAUGCAGCUAAAAUAUUUUUAGAAAAUUUGUAUAGGUGCGUGCCCCGUAAACAAUCGAGCAUAAAUACUCUCAGUUUGGAAAGUUACGUAUUUAAUCUGCUUUACGAAGUGCAACUUCCAUCUGCUGGAAAAAGUUUACUGGUACAUUUACCACCUAAUGAUCCUCAUUUACCAUUAGCGAAUGCAGUCAUACAAUGUCCAGCUGCGCCGCUGGAACUGCCGCACUUGGACUACUCCUUGCGACUUAUGUUCAUAUGGCUCGGAGUGGACAUCGUCGUGCAGUUAUUCACAUGCCUUCUAUUAGAAAACCAGGUGUUGCUAAGAAGCACGGACUGCCAAAGACUGAUGGUCGUAGCGGAGGGCAUAACUGCUCUCCUCUUUCCAUUCGCAUGGCCACAUGUUUAUGUGCCAAUUUUGCCUGCUAGUCUGCAUCAUUUUCUAGACGCGCCUGUACCUUUUGUGAUGGGUUUGCAUGCGUCUUCAGACAACACAAAAGUAGCCAGCGAGGCUAGCCUUUGCUACAUAGAUAUUGAUAAAUGCAAAGUACAAUUGCCCGAGGAGAUGGCAGCUUUUCCCCAUCUCGAAGCUUUCACCGCGGAAAUUUACUCGGCGCUAGAUAAGUACGGUAUUCAUGUACCGAACACAGAAACCACGCGGACUAGUCAAGAAAUUAUGUCGAGAUCGUGCACCUUGCCAAACAGGCCACAGAAUCGCCGCAAAUUAUCCAUUCAUGAUACACUCGACAGCGACAGACCUCCAUCUCCACCUGGAUCUGCACGGACAGAAGCCCUGCAGCGGAUCGCUGAUAUUGUCCGAAGGACUGGCGUUGCUUUAGAUAAAAAUGAAAUGACCCAACCGACCGAUUCGUACGUCGAGGAUCUGCGUUUCAACAAUUCUCUUAGAGAAAUAUUUCUGAAUCGUUUCGUUCAUAUCUUUCAAUCGUACGAGAAUUUUGUCAUACUGCCCAACCAGCACGAUAAAGAAGAUUGGUUUAACAAUCGAGAUUCGAUGCAGAAUUUCGAUAAAGCGUCUUUCUUAUCGGAUCAACCGGAGCAGCAUCGUCUGUUCCUGUGGCGUUUCCUCGAAUCCCAAAUGUUUGCCACGUUAAUAGACAAUAAGAUUCUGUCAACUUGGGGCGAGCUGGAUAAUAACUUGCUAAUUUUUGACUAUAGAAUCAAAUUGCUUAGGCAGAGAUACGGAGGCGAGAAUUUAAUGAGAAGCUUGUGCUAUGAGCCAUGCACUAGCGCGCACGACACUCAACGAAUGCUCGACAGGCGAUUAAACAAUCCCGAUUUUGAAAGUCCUCCAAUCAGAGAAAUCCUCAGCAACAGAAAUACAUUCUCCAAAAGUUUAUUUGCUUUUAGAUGUUUUCCUUUGCUGGAUAGAGAAAUUUUAAAUAAAACACCCGUUGUUAACAAGGGCAGCAUUCCAAGAGCUAGCGCAUUGAAAAAGGGUGCUUCAUUUUCUCGUCCCGGUUGUUUGAACAUCGAGAAAAGCGCGAAUAAAGAGAACAAUCAGGAGAUGACUCCGGCCUUGAUUGCUCAAGCAAAUUGGACCUUCGUCGAGAAACUUUUGAAAGAUUGUAAAGCCAAAACAAAGAGAAUGCUACUGGCGAAGCUUGGAGCAGAAGGUGUCACCUUAUCCAGCAACAAUAGCGUUGAUAAUUCAGGCGCCGUCGAAGAAAGUACUUUGGUCGCGUCGCUCUGCGACUUUCUCGAGAGAGUUUGGUCCCAUGGUAUGCAAAAGAAACGCGGUAAAUCGGCACUGUGGGCGCAUCUAUUGGCGUACCAAGAAGCUCAUAAGAGUACCAAUAAAUUAGAUUCCCAAUAUUAUAGCCAUGUUCGUUUAAUUCUAGCGGAAUUAUCCCGAUUGGCACUAAGAUUAGAGAAUUGGACUAGCCCCAAUACCGAGAAUAAAAGUAUGCGCACAGAUUUACCACCACUUCCGGAAUCUAUGUUAAUAGAUAUGGCUAAUAUUCAAGCUAUGUCGGACGUGAAAACUGGGAUAGGUAUGGCACGGGCAUGGGUUCGAUUGGCUUUGGAGAAGAAGCAACUUUCAAAAUAUUUCAGGAUGUUACUCUCUGAUCAUAGUUUACUGAGAGGACAAUACAAGAGAUCGGCAUUUCUGCGAUGCGAAGAAGAAAGGGAACAAUUCCUAUAUCAUUUGCUUUCAUUGAAUGCUGUAGAUUACUUUUGCUUUACUAGUACAUACCCCACAACUGUGAUACCCUAUCGAGUUGUUCUCGUGCCAACUAAAAAAGGGACCACAUCAUCAGCAAAUGUAUGGAUAGUUCUCUCUGGAACUUUGUCAGAGACUAAAAGGGUUGCCGUGCCGAGAGCAACACUAAAUUUCGAACACAGAAACCAAAACUUGGGCGUCCUUACGACAAUGAGAAUAGGUCAUGAUAAUACUGGAAUGUCCGCGAAAUGGAUGAUCGAUUAUGUUCUUGUUAGAAAUGAAAUCACUGGUCACACUUAUCAGUUCCCUUGUGGUCGUUGGUUGGGACGUGGAGUAGAUGAUGGUUCAACGGAGAGGCUUUUGGUUGGGACUUUAAUGCCCAGAACCGCUAACGAGGAACCAACUUUGACUAACACUGGUAGUAUGGGCCGUAAAACGCCGAGAUGUCAAUCCCCUGGCCCUCCUAGAAAUGAAAUGAAACCAUCGCAAAUACAACAUAUGUUAGGUGAUUGUGUAAACAAUAUUGUUAAAUGGCAUUACCGAAGAAAUUCAGAAAGGAACACAACUUUAACAGCACUUUUGUGCGGAGAUUCGGGGCUUGUCAAGUGCCUAGAAUUAGUAUUUCUCCUUGGUUUUAAGUCGGCUAGGCUCUUUGUCUUUAAUCAUUAUCUUUGGGAUUAUUUCGUACGCGUAAAGGAGCAUUUUGAGAUGGAACUGUUGGAAGAAGGCAAUGGACGCAGCGCUAGUUUAGAACGUAAUCAUCAAGAGACUGUAGCAGUUUGGAGAUGCUACUGCCAUUUAGUGGAAGAAAUCCAAUCUGCGAGCAAGGCUUUAGGAAAAGAUGGCAAAUUUCAACUCUUUAUCUGCUUGAGUGUUAGGGAACAUUUAUUGCAUCGAAUGUUGCUGCCAAUGGCUAUAUGUAAAGUUACGACAGAAAUGUACGAAGAUAACUCUUUUCUACGGAACAGAGGUCUGUUAACCUUUUUAAGACAAAUUUUGCUUCCCUUGGAUGACUUGGAUGUAGUAUUGGAGAAUUCUGUAACGCACGGUAUUUCAUCCCCUGCUAUACAUUAAUCUGUUCUAGUCCCUGUUCCUACUUUCAUUUCAUGCAUAAACGUAAUUUGUCUAAAAAAAAUAAUAAUAACUAAAUACGGGUCAAAAUUUUA